AUGAUACCUACAUAUCAACAAACACGUUACAUAGUUGGGGUUUUCCACAUCUCAGCUACAGUCCCCAUGUCCCCCUUCUCUAAGAAGGUGGCUCUUUGGCCAGCGUACCUUCGCCAAAUUGGGGACCAUCUGUCCCCUUCCCCCCUUGGGGGCGGCUCUCAGGCCAACGUGGGGGCCCUCGGUCCCCUUCCCCCCCUGGGGGCAGCUCUCAGGCCAACGUGGGGACCCUUGGUCCCCUUCCCCCCCUGGGGGCGGCUCUCAGGCCAACGUGGGGACCCUCGGUCCCCUUCCCCCCCUGGGGGCGGCUCUCAGGCCAACGUGGGGACCCUCGGUCCCCUUCCCCCCCUGGGGGCGGCUCUCAGGCCAACGUGGGGACCCUCGGUCCCCUUCCCCCCCUGGGGGCGGCUCUCAGGCCAGCGUGGGGACCCUCAGUCCCCUUCCCCCCCUGGGGGCGGCUCUCAGGCCAACGUGGGGACCCUCGGUCCCCUUCCCCCCCUGGGGGCGGCUCUCAGGCCAACGUGGGGACCCUCGGUCCCCUUCCCCCCUGGGGGCGGCUCUCGGUCCCCUCGUUUCGAUGUGCGUGCAGUUGAUCCUGUCGUCGUUGCAAUUUUUCCGCGCGAGUAG